UAAUUCGAUCACUUUCGUUGUUCCAUGUUCUUAAAAUUGAAUUUUUACCGCGUAUAUUUUAUGAUCACGUGGCCAUUACAAUGACAGUUCAUGACAUUUCCGUCACGAAUUAAUAAAAGAAAAGCAAAAUCCCAAACAAUGUGAGGUUAUGUUUGUGAUAAUUGAAGUGUUUUUGUGUAAAAUUUUCUUAAUUUAAACUCUAAUAAUAAUAUAAGUUUAAAACUCCGUAAGAAUGCUACCGACGAAGGGCUAUUUUCAAGACAUAGAAUGUCCUUAUUUUGAAAGUACUUGCAACAGGCCUUAUUGCCAUUUUCGGCACAGAAAAAAGACCCAAGAAACAACAGAGGAAGUCGCAAAUGAAACCCCAAAAGAAGUAGAAGUUCCUACGUAUAAACCUACUCCAAAAAGCGAGUUGGCCAAUAUAAAAAGCCACAUUCCAAUCAGUUACGUACCAGAUUUGGCGUUCAGGCCUGACCGGACGAUCAGGCCUUUACCAAAGUUUACAUUUGAAAAACCAACUUACAAACCGACUCCUUUAAGUAUAUUAUCGUCGGCUAGUAAGCGUGAAAAUGACUUGGAAGGUGAUGAAAAAGAAACAAGUGAUUUUGAAGCCAUUAGGGAAGUUAAGCAAAAUAUUGCGAAUGAUGAAUAUAAUCCUGAAAUUUCUUUACGAAAUGAUAUCAAUUUUGAAGAUUUAUCUGCUGAGUUUGACUUGAUAGACGAUCUUAUUGAAGAACCAAAAAAUAAAGAAUCUAAAGAAAAUAAUGUAGUCAAAGAAGAUAAAUCAGAAAACCAUCAUCAGGAAAACCGUAAAGACAAAGAAAAAGUUUCAAGUGAGAAGACAGACAAGAUUGAAAAACGUAGUAGUAGCAGUAGUAAAUCUCACAAGUCUAAAUAUAAAAAAGAUACCAAAGAGAAGAGUAAAAGUGAAAGUAAAGACAAACACGUUAAAGAGAAAGAUGUUAAAUCGGACAAAAGUAAGGAAAAAGAUAGACACUCGGACCACAAAAGCAAACAUAAAAGUAGCAGGGAAAAGGAAAAAAGUAAAAGCAAACAUAAAGAUAAGAGAAGAAGUAGGAGCAGAAGUAGAGAACGUCACAAAGAAAAGGAAAAACGGGUCAAAGAAAAACCACAAAAAGAUGAUGAAGAAAAUAAAAAACGUCGAAAAUCAUCAGAGCCGUCUGAUGAGGACUAUAGUGAAUUAUUGUACUCAAAUAGCUUUGAAGAAAUUCCAAAUAUCGAUUUUGAUGAUGAUGAUGAAGACACUUUAUCCGAAUGUUACAAAAUAUUCAAAGAAUAUGAACCCCCAAAAGUGGAAAAUAAAGAACCUACUCCUGCAGAGCCCGAAGUAAAUAAAGAAGAAACUAAUGCAAGUAAGAAACGAAUCGCUCAUAGUUCAACCAACGCAAGUGAAGGCGGAUCGAAAAUCAAUUACGUGAAGCCAAAAACUCAGGCUAAUCCAGCCCAAGCGAUGGCUAAUCGAUUUAAAUUAGCCAAAUUAGCUCAAGCGAACAACGAACAGAAAAAUCUAAUAAACGAAGUGAAACAAGCAGUCAAAAGACCGGCCCCUAGUUUAUUAGAAGCGGCGAGGAACUACAAACUUCAGAAGUUAUCAUCAAAACCGAAACCUAGUGAAAAUGCCAACGUAAUCGACAGUAUCCUCAACAAUUCGAAAAGCAAACCUAAGAAAAUUGCUGCGGUCCAAAACGUAAACUUGAUUCAGAGAGCAAAAGCGAAGAUUGAAGAAUUAGCAAAGCAGAAAGCCACCGAAACACUUAACAAAACGCCUGCCCAAACGGUGAAAGGCAAACGUAUUGCUCACGUGCCCGAUAUUUCUCUAUCGGACAUUCCAGAUGUGUUAAACGCUGAUAAAUCAAAACUCCCUAUAAACGUGCGAACGCGAUUUUUAACAAUGAUCGCCGACGAAUGCGUCAAACUCUACUUAAUCAAAGAAGACGCCUACACCAGAGCCCUCAACGAGGAAUUCGCAUGUUACGAAAAGUGCAAAGUCCUCGCAACAUACAAGAAUUCGGCGAUGUUGGCUGUGAAUCGACUCCGAAAGGAAUUACAAGAACGUGACAAGCUCGGCCUGGGCCCCAUAGGCGAUGGCGAAGCCCCAACCAACGACUCAUCGUCGAAUUACAAAGGAAAACGGUUCUACAACCACAUCAAAGGCUACGUCCUCACAAACGAAGAGCUGGACAUCCACGGGUACCCCCGAGAGAGUAAGAUCCCCGGCCGUGCGACGAUCAAAAACCGGAAGAUCACUCCAGGGAUGAGUCUCCGAGAGAAUCAGAGGAAGUGCUCGAGGUGUGGCAAAGUAUACCUAGUGGACGACGACGGGUUCGUGUUGUACCCAGAAGAGUGCAUAUACCACCCCCUCAAAAAGCGGACGUUGCGGGGCGAACAAACGUACCUUUGUUGCAAAAGUAACGACGACAAUGGCUGUGCAACUUCAAAUACUCACGUGUCCGAAGCGUGUAGUGAGGCCGAGCUCGAGGGCUUCCAGGCAACGAUGGAGCCCGAGUCCGACGAGGACCCCAGGAGUCACGCCGUCUAUGCUUUGGACUGCGAGAUGUGUUACACCAUUAAAGGUUUGGAAUUGACGCGAGUGACCAUCGUCGAUUCGGAUUGUAAAACCGUGUACGAGACUCUAGUGAAGCCUUUGAAUCCGAUCAUUGACUAUAAUACGACGUUUUCCGGCAUCACCAAAGAACAAAUGGAACGCACCAGUACUAGUAUUUUGCAAGUUCAAGCGAAUAUUUUGCAUUUGUGUAACUCGAAAACUAUACUUAUAGGGCACAGUUUGGAGUCGGAUAUGAAAGCGCUGAAAAUUAUUCAUGGAACGAUUAUCGACACUUCGGUGUUGUUUCCGCAUAAAAUGGGGUUGCCGCAUAAAAGGGCGUUGAAGACUUUAGCUAGUGAUUUUCUUAAAAAAAUUAUACAGAAUAGUGUUAGUGGACACGAUAGUGCUGAAGAUGCCAUCGCUUGUAUGGAACUCGUCAAGUGGAAACUUAAAGAAGAAUUGAAAGUGCGUGGAAUUAAGUGACGAUGGUUGAUUUUCACGUUGUUAAUUCAUGUUGAAUAUAUGGUAUUUAUAUUAUUGUUAAUAUGUAAAGUGUGGGAUAUAUUGAUUUUGUUCAAUAUUUUAAGAAUUGUGUAGAUUGAGUAUUUUUAAUUUAACUAUUUAUGUUAAUAGAUUUUGAUAAUAAAUUUAUACAAUAUGUAGAUACUGGCCAGUGACUGAUAUUAUAUUUUGAUUACUAAGAAUAAAUUAUUAUCGCAAUGA